AAAAUAAAACAGAAAUAGUUGGAAAGACGGUAGUGCGGCGGGCUGAGGGGGAAGCGCCGUCCCCUCCCGCUGGGCCUCUCCUGAGGGGCGCGGGGGCCGUUAUUUUUUGUCACGGUGGUGUGGGCAGGACACGCGUUUUUUCAGCCUCGGGCCCUAUUUCGGAGCGGCCCUGGGGCUCCUCCGGCGGGGGCGAGCGGGCCCGGCGCGCUGGUGGCCGCGGGUGCCUGAGGGGAGUCAUCGCUCAGGCGCUGCGUGGAGGUCUCCUGCGAGGAGAAACCCCUGCUGGGCUUUAAAAACGCAGCCCAAAAUCACGGUAGAAGAGGCACAUCAGGAGGAAGGAAAAUAAGCUGAGGACAGAGAAAUCAGAGAAGCCGGAGGAGAUGGGAUAUCCAUAACUUUGUGUUAUGUGUGCGAGUUGUGCUUUCUGAACAAGGAAAGGGGCCUAACAACUUGCCUGAAAGGGGUGAGUUAUCAUUGAACCGAGGAAGAAUUUCUAUCUUAAAGCCACUACACGGAAGGAACGCUAUAAAAGGAGCAAAGCCCCAGUAACCAGACAUCAAUAGCAAUGAUGCAAGAGCCUCAAGAAAUGGUGGAAGAGACAGUUACUGUGGAGGAAGACCCAGGCACUCCCACUUCCCACGUGUCUAUUGUCACUUCUGAAGAUGGAACCACAAGGAGAACUGAAACCAAGGUUACCAAAAUGGUCAAAACAGUCACCACCAGAACGGUGCGUCAGGUGCCACUUGGGCCUGAUGGCCUGCCAUCAAUGGAUGGCUCGUCUCCCAUGGGCAGCUACACAGACUCAAUAGACAGAAGGUACAUGAAGAAUGGGGAGCGGUACAUCACACCACAAGCAUCAUCCACGUUAACCAGAUCUUACAACAGCUACAACGACUCUUACCCUGAAAGCCACGAAGGCCAGUAUCGCCCUUAUGUUGGUCAUGAUGGUUAUGGAGAUCUAUCCGAUAACUACGGCAGCUUGUCUCGUGGUGUCAACUACCGUCCUCGCUAUGCCUACAUGCCAGGGAACACUUACCGGCCAGAUGACGGUAGCUUCACUUUGCCAAGCAGAAGGGAUAACUAUGGUCCUGUUGCCCAGCCUCAGGUGCCAGUGGGUAGCAACGUUGACUUGAACCGCUCCCAGCCAGAACGCUUCCAGCCGGAGCCGUAUGGACUGGAAGAUGAUAACCGCAGCCUUGGAGUAGACGAUGAAGGAUAUGAACUGGAUCCCGAUUACUCCACUGUGAACCGGAGGACAUCUGCAGGUGUGCCAGAGAGAGGAAGAUCUCACAAAGGAAGGGGCUACGAUGACCCCAUCGAGACAGAGAUGGUCGAAGAGAGGAUACCUUACCUUCAUGGUGGCUACGCAGCACCGCUGGCACAGCCGGAGAGAGGAAGCAUGGCUAGUAUUGACCGGCUGGGGAAGCGCUCCCCCUCUAUUGACAGCAUCCGUAAAGACCCCAGGUGGAGGGACCCUGACCUCCCUGAAGUAAUCGCCAUGCUCAGCCACCCCAUUGACCCGGUCAAGUCCAACGCCGCGGCCUACUUGCAGCACUUGUGCUAUGAGAAUGACAAAAUCAAAAAGGACGUGAGGCACCUUAAAGGGAUACCUAUCUUGGUGGGUCUGCUUGAUCAUCCAAAGCCGGAGGUCCAUCGUAAAGCCUGUGGGGCGCUCAGAAACAUCUCCUAUGGGAAGGAUAAUGAAAACAAGGUGGCUAUAAAGAACUGUGAUGGGAUCCCUGCCUUGAUCAGACUACUGCGAAAAACAAAUGACAUGGAAGUCAGAGAGCUAAUUACAGGCACCCUGUGGAACUUGUCCUCCUAUGAGCCCCUGAAGAUGGUCAUCAUCAACCACGGUCUGCAGACGCUCACCAACGAGGUGAUCAUACCCCAUUCGGGUUGGGAGAGCGAGCCGAAUGAGGACUCUAAGCCUCGCGAUGCUGAGUGGACAACCGUCUUCAAGAACACCUCUGGUUGCUUACGGAACGUAAGUUCGGAUGGCGCAGAAGCACGCAGAAGACUAAGAGAGUGUGAUGGCUUGGUGGAUGCCCUCCUUCAUGCUCUACAGUCUGCAGUUGGCAAGAAGGAUACAGACAAUAAGUCUGUGGAGAACUGUGUGUGCAUCAUGCGGAACCUUUCCUAUCAUGUGCACAAAGAGGUCCCUGGCGCGGACAAGUACCAAGAACUCGAUGCCAGUCAGACUACGAGCAUGGGAGGCUCUCAGAAGAAGAAGAAGGACGAUGCUGGUUGUUUUGGUGGCAAAAAAGCUAAAGAGGAGUGGUUCAAUCAAGGAAAGAAGAACGGAGAUUUGGACAGGAAUUUUGAUACACUUGAUUUGCCUAAGCGGUCUGAAGCAGCGAAAGGCUUUGAAUUACUGUACCAGCCAGAUGUGGUCCGACUGUACCUCUCCAUCCUCACCGAAAGUCAGAACUUCAACACUCUGGAAGCUGCAGCAGGGGCUUUGCAGAAUCUCAGUGCUGGCAACUGGACGUGGUCCACGUACAUCCGUGCAACAGUGCGGAAGGAGAGAGGCUUACCGGUGCUUGUGGAGCUGCUCCAGUCCGACUCUGACAAGGUUGUGAGGGCUGUGUCGAUUGCCCUGAGAAACCUUUCCAUGGAUCGUCGCAAUAAAGAUCUUAUAGGCAGUUAUGCCAUGGGUGAGCUGGUAAGAAAUUUGCCCAGCAGGCAGCAGAGAUCUGCGAAGAACCUGGAAGAGGAUACAGUGGUUGCGGUGCUGAAUACCAUCCAUGAAAUCAUUACUGACAGCUCGGAAAAUGCAAGGUCUCUGAUCCAGACACAGGGCAUUCAGAAGCUGGUAGCUAUCAGCAAGUCAAGCCAGUCUCCCAGAGAAACAAAAGCAGCAUCUCACGUUCUUCAGAUGAUCUGGAGCUAUAAAGAACUACGAAAUGCCCUGCAGAAGGAUGGGUGGAACAAAUCGCACUUCCAGUCUGUUUCUGCGGCUCCGAAGGGUUCCAAAGGUACGGCGGGCAGGGCUGGCUACGACGACAGCACUUUGCCUCUGGUGGAUAAAAGUCAAGAUAACGAGAAGUCUGGGAGUCGUGAUAUGAUACCGAUGGAUGAACUUGGCCCAGAUGGGUACUCCACCAUCGAUCACCGGGACAAGGAGCGCAAGUACAAGACCAGUGAUAACACAGGGGAUGCCUCGGAGAAAGAACCUUUAAAAAAUGACACAAAUAGGAAAAACAUUAACAGGAGUAACAGGGCUUCGGUGAAUCUGGUGGAUGCCCGUGACAUUAAACCCCAGCCUGUUGACUCUUGGGUCUAAUUUGCAUGCAUGGGCUAGAGUCCAACCACAUUUUUUUUAAUUGAGGGGGAGAAACAAACAUUGAAUCGACACAGAGGAUCUCAUCAGUCACCACUGCCAUUCGGAUUCGGAGGGCGCUGCAUCACUGACCAGGCUGCAGAUUCCCGGAGGCUGUGGGGAGACACCACCACCGACUGCCGUUGCCCGCCCGGAGCACCAUGCCUUACAGCCGACACUUUGCUUCGUAACCCAGUUACAUCCCGCAGAAACAGCCCCCACCUCCCCCUCCCUCCUACUCCUGCAAGAAGGAAGCCAGCGAGCACGGAGAGGACCCACGCUUCCAGCUGCUGGCUGCGUUCUUGGGUGACUCUUAGGUGUGGAUGGUGCCAGGUCUGAGAAGCGAAGGUGGUGUGGCCGCAAAGGCGACAGCUUCACAAGGGAAAGAGAAACUGCCGAGUAUUUGAAGUAAUAUCGUAGGUGUAGCCGUGAAGAUAAUAGCACUUUUCUGGUUUGGGGCUCAUUGUUUGGGGUUUUUUUUUGUUUGUUUGUUUUGUUUUGGGGGAUUUCUUUUGAACUGUGAAUCUAACAUUUUUUAAAGGCUUUUUGAAACACGUUUAGGUUUUCUUUAUUAUUUCCACAGAAAGUGCAGGAAUGUUGAGUGGGUUUAUUGGAUUUUGAUGAAGGGAGAAAAUGCAGAACAAAAACUAUUAAACGCUGGUCAAAUGAACUGGAGAGUGGGUGACGAUUGAUGCAAGCUGUAUAAUCUGCUUUUAGAGCGAGCUAUAUCAAUCACAGUGCUAUAUUAUCAUUAUAAUCUGGUGUACGAUACUUCUGCCUUUUGAAUUCUGUAAUGGCUCUGUUUUUAUUUCCACAUACUGAAAAGCAGUUGACUGAAGGUUUCAGUGUCCCUGGCUCAGAAAUCUAUGCUGAGAAAUGGAGUUGGCUGGCUCUUCAUUUUCUUGUUCUCAGAGAUUGCAAUAAGGAGCUUUUACAUUUUAGAUGCACCAGUGUCGCAUUGGUGAUGAUUAACAAUUUUGUUUGCCAUAGCUGUUAACACAUUGGAAGAAAAUAGGAGCUUUUUCGUAGGAUGUCUUAUUUUAAACACGCUAUAAAUUUUAGGUGGGUCUGUCACUUAUAUUUCAUGGUAAAUUUACCACUGCUGGAUCCAUGUUUGCUUUGGGCUAUAGAUCCUGAUGAAAAAUGCCACAAAGGGAACUGGUUUGGCAUUUUCUAAAUCAUCAUCAUGAUUUCUGCGUUCCUUUGGUUUUGUUUUGAGAUUACAUAUUUCGUUUGGUGUGAAGAUCUCCCACGUGCAUCGGUUCUCCUCUAAGAUGCCAAGGCCUGCUUUGUGUAAGGGGGAAUUUUUACCUCACGAGAACGUGCUCUGCGUGUACGGUGUCCGGUAACGCCGGGCACAGAAUGGCUUCAGAUCACUGACUUUCUCCAGGCAUUGGUGACACGAGGGCAGCAGAUGAGAACAGGAAGCAAAUGUCUCACUAGUAGCAUCAGAGGACUUUUGCUGAUUUUAUUUGAUUGCCACAUGUAGUUUUAAACAAGCUCCUAAAAACGGUGUGACUGGAAAGCACAUUUUUGAAGCUAGCAGACAUCAUUUGCGGUUUUCAGUGCCUGCCGUUUCCUUUGUAAUUAAAAAGGAGAAAUAUCAACAACCUCACCUCCCCCAAAAUAUUACUGUAAUAGUAAACAUCUACAAUUUUUGUAAAAAAAAUUUAAAAACUUUAAAAAAAAAAGCAAGUACCAAGAGCUUUGUAUCUUCUUGAGUAUAUUGAAAAUUUGACAUGAAUACAUAUAUAUAAAUAAAUAAAAAAAUCUAUAUAUCUAUAUAUAUAUAUUGUUGUGCAGAGGAUAGGUUAACAAAACCAUGUAAAGUAGUUUGCAGGAGAGGGAAGCAUUUGUUGAUUCAGGGAAAAAGACUGAUGCCAGAAGCUGUCAGUGAUUUGGAUGAUCCAUGUGCUCCUUCGCACCCUCCCGUUCUGACCCUCAUCUUCCACGAACGCUGCAGCGGUCGCUUCUGCAUCCCGGGGAAGGUGAAGUUGCUUGGAGCAAACUAAGAUAGCAAAGAUUUGUGGGUUACGCCUGCGUGAGAGUCCUGUUGGGCCAAAGAUGCUCAGCGGAUCAAGGGAAGCAAAGCGAUAGAUCUGUGAUUCUCUGCAUUUGUGUCGGGGCGGUGUCUCUGUGUGUGGACAUAAAGUGUGGCGAUGAAACCAGAUCCAUAGUCUGACUGUAUAUUCUAUCAAUGGUGCUCUUUUCAUACUUGUUCUGCCAAUACGCGGAGACCCUUUUAACCAAGCUACACAGAAGAGUUUUAUAUCACUUUUGGUUAUGUACUUGGUGUAUUCUUUUUGUAUAUGAAAGGAUUUUUUUAAAAACGUUCAGUAAUUAGCAAUGGAACCUGCUUUGUAGCUGAUUAGAACAGUGUAAGAGAAGGGCCGUGCUGUCAGUCUGUCCCUGAUCUACUUCAAACCACAUAUUUACCAAAGGAGUCUGAGCAAAAGUUCACUUAAAAUAAAGACCUGACUGUUGAAAGGAGUCUCUGCUAAGACUUUGUGAUUUAGUUACUGUACAGGUAUCUCAAAGCCAGUAAGAGGUUAACAGAGAAAACUGCAGGAAGGGGGAAGUGAAGUGAGUAGGGGCCAAUUAUGUCCAUGACCUGCUGUCCCAGGCACCCGGUGGCUCCCCGUGGGGCACCACAGGGACACUCGAAACCUGGGCUGGAAUCGGCUUUGGCCUCUGUCAUUAGUGGGCUGGCAACACUGAGGAGUGUUUGAGGAGCAAAUACAGACUCUGUCCCACUUUCCCCCAAAAGUCCGUUUUGUAUUUACGCUGCAUCCUGUGAUAAGGGGCCUCCCGGGCAGGUUGGAUGCGUUGGCUGCCCAGGGCCGGUGUAGAAAACUCUUCUUUGUUUUCCUGGGGGUAAGUGUUUGUGGCAGCCAGCGUAGGUGUGAGCUGACAACAUGGUUUAUUGCUAAAGACAAGCAAAAGGUGGUAUAUCAAGAAGUCAAAUACCAAGUCCAUGUGCCAAGACUUCCCCUGGGAAUCGCACGUCUUACCCCGGCCCUUCCCAUGCCUUACAGUAACGAGGAAUUCCCGAGUAUGUAGCAAUAACCCAUCAUUUACAUUACUGUGGCUUUUUCUUCUCACCAAACGGUUGUUUGGAUGCUGAGGAAGGAAAAUGGAUUGGAGGUGAUUUGCAUGUGAGACUAUUGCCUUGUAGUAUCAGCCCACCAGCUGAAGUCCAAAGCAAGAUACUUGGAACCAGGUCUGGUGAUUUAGUGUCCUUUUACCUGUGGCCACGAGCGCGCUGGUGGGAUGUGUGCCCACGCCUGCCCUUACCUCGCCCCUCGUUGGCGCAAGCGUGACCGGCUGCUCGAGCUCUUCUGGGAUGUGUGGGUGGAUGAACCUGUAAUUGUUGUAUUUUGGCAGCAGGGACUGUAUGUAAGGAAGGGAAAGCGGCAGUGUGUGUGACUAAAGCUGCAGUAGGUCUGGAGUCUCCUGCUCAAAGGCAGGCAGCGUUUUUUGGGGCUCAGGUAUGUGACCUCCUCUUUUUCCGUUGGCUCUGCUGUGAGAACUGGAGGGAGUCUGCCUGCAAAGGGCUGGGGUAGAAGAGAUUUCUACCUGCCAAAGUUCUAAUGGGAAGGAUGGCUGUGGAAGGAAGCGAUGGUGUUGCAAGGCUCCUGCUAAAGAGGAGGAAGUUUGAUGGCCCAGUGAGGGCUGAGAUAACACAGGGGAGAGGGAGACUUCUGACGGCAAGCAGUUACUGCAGAACUUCAUUCCCAGGGAGGUGGCUUGCACGUCUCCUGAGCAUCUUCACUAAGCUGUGGAGGCGUAAAAAAACUUCUGUGUGUCAAAACUCCCCUGGAGAAACAUCAAGUUUGCCUCUUGAGUGUGUGAGCAAUUGUUCUUGUGCUUACAGCUCCCCAGGUUGGUCUGUCUGUCUGCAGAAUCCGAGGAGGAGAGUGGAAGGGCAAGGCUUUUGGUUUCUGUCUUAGAAUUAAGUAGCAGUUUAGCCACAAGUCUGACUUGACAACUCAAGGUGUGUCGCCAGCUUGAAAUGCUCCCCAGUGAACAGCUUGGGCAGCCGUAGCUCCUGGUCUUCAGUGUCUUCUGGGCAGAACAACUGCCAGUGUUCACUGCAAACCUUGUCUCUGUUGCCAAGUCAUCACAAAGGGACUGAGUUGGGGGCUAGGAACUGGCUUGCCGAAAUGACAUGUGGUGGUACGUUUGUUACAGCAGAUGAGCAAGUUCUCAAGUUCUUGCCAGUUCUGAGGAGGAGUUUUCAGUGACGCUUUCUAGCGUGCGAGGCUUAUCCUGGGCAAAGCAGUUUUCACUCCUAGAGCAGUUCCAUGAGCUCAAAGGUGGUGAGUUACCUUCUGUUACUUGCCUUAACGUUGAGCACGUGGGCUCAGCUGCCCGUGAGAGGCACAUCUUCAACCCUUGGGGGAAGCAAAGCUUCAGAAGCCAAAUGGGCACAUUUGAGUGGUUAUCGCCUCUUCUGCGGCCCGCCCACCCGCUCAUGGAAACCGUAGUGUGCCAAUAGCUUCAGCCAGCGGUUCCAGGCUGCUGGGGCGGAGUCGUGCUCUCACAGUUCUUGAAGGUGUUUAUAUAGGCAUAGUUUCUUGCAAAAUUUCUUUGUUUUGAUGUCCCUAAAAUCUGGUGUUUCCUUAUCUGCGACAGAUAAAUUCUCUGAUUUAUUGGUACAAAAACUAAUCUAGUGCAUUUAAGGGGGAAGGUAUUGUGAACGCUUUUUUUUUUCCUGUCUUAAGUUUUACAUUAGGGUAGGAUGUUCUGAAGUCCAAGGUGAGGAGGAAGAUAGCGCAGAUACUACAAGGCCUGCCAAUCUGGCUCUUACUGUUCAGAGAAACAAAAUAACUAGACUAAGAAGCUUACUGGUAAUUAGUAGCUAAUGUGUUUGUAACUAUCAUGUGCCUUAAAAUUUUCAUGGUAGGAGAAUAAAAAAAAAUCAACAAUGUGUUUUCUGUAAUACUGCUCAACAUUCUCUCUGUAGUUUAGACUGGUGGGAUUUUGCAUUGUAUUUACACUGUACUAUAAACUGAAACACUUGGAAUGGUUUGAUUUUACAAGUAUGGAGAGGAAAAAAAAAAAAAAAGGUGGAUUAUGCUUUUCAUAGAACAAAUGUUACCGUGACAGAAUGUAUUAUUAUUAUAGGAUCUUUCCAUAAUGCAGACAAGUAGAAUGCUUGUUAGAAACCAGGUAUGUAGGAUAACAAUUUGGUGUGUUUUCAAUAAACCAUGCCUGGAAAGAAUACAUGUGCCAUUGGUUAUCUUUUCGUUAUGUCAGGUACCUCAAAUAUUCUUUGGCCUUGCAACAGCAGUUUUCUGUGGCCAGGGAUUAUUCAGCCCUAGCUUGGGUCAGGGCUCUGUGUGUUGGUAGAAGGUCGGUGGUAAUAAGGGCAAUUGGAAUAGCCUUCAGACGAGUGUAGCUGAACGGUUCUGAUUCCUCGCCGUAUGCUGGAGUUGGAGCACAAAGUCCUGUGAGGACCCUGGACUGUAGAUCAUGUUUUUUUUUUCCCUUUUUAAUAUACAAGCCUAUUUCUGUGGGACAGACAUCUGCAUCGCUGUUCAACGGCCUCCACGUUUGGAACCACAGGCUUAACUUGCAGAUGGCUUUUCCAUUUGGGAACUUAUUGACCUUUCCCAAUUUAGUCAUAAGAUCCAUGUGACUUUACAAAGAUUUCACGUUUCUGAAAUGUGUGCAAGUAUUCUCCUAAGUGUGUAAGAAUAACAGAAAAUCUUUCAGUUUAUUGUAGCGACGUAUGAGGCUUUGUUGACAUGAGAAAUUGUUAUUUUGGGUAUGCUCUAAAUAAUUUACAUUUGUUGCUGUGUGGGGGAGAAAAAUCCCGAUACUGAAAAGUCACCUGUGUAUUUCAAGCACCAGCCAGUUGCCGACAGAUCUCAGUUCUCUUGCGGAGUGCCUCUCCCCGGCAUGUUCAUCUGGGUUGGUAAGAUCAGUAGGGCGACCGAUGCACCUAAACACAUCACACUUACUGCCACCAGGCCUUCAUGGAGCGUGACAAAACCCAGUCAGUCUUGGCACAAGUGUUCUGUGAGGCGUUGCAGAUAGAGCGGAGGUCACGUUUUUUGAGUGAAAGGCUGAUGAAUCACUGCCAGUAACAGAGUUUGCCAUAUGUUAAUGCCUGAUCGUACCGCUCACAGCACUGUAAGGUUCCAUUUACUCGCCAACGCUUGCAAACAGCACUUGGAAGGUCAUCUUCAGCUUGCAUUCCCUCCUUAUUUCUGGUGUCCUGAAUGCAGCCCCAGGAGUUUUGUAAAAUUGUCUCCAGAUUCUGUUCUGGCAGCUGGAGGAUCUAGUUUCACAAGUGCUAUGGUAAGACAGGGGCUCCUGGGCUUAGCAUCUUGCUCCCAGGUAUCAUUGGUGUUCCACUGCAGUGGGGAAUCUGAUUUUUCCUUUGCGGAUGCACUAAUACGGCAAGGAAUAGCAGAUGCUGUAGGUAAGGUACUGAACUGAAACAAAUAUGUUGUUUCUACAGCUGACCUUUAUAGCUGUCAAACUGAUUUCAUUUCCAGCUUAUCACAGGUUGGGCAAAUGGAAGCAGUGAGUCCUGCAGGUGAAAGGUUAACCUGGUAACAACGGGCCAGAAAUAUCGCAGCCCUCAUCUCUUUCAGGUUUCAGCAGUGUCUCGGGGGAAUGUUCUGUCCUCGUGGGUCUCUUCCCCGGUGUCUUGCUGUGAAGG